AUGUCAGAGUCCACUAGUCGAGGUCCUUCACAUACCCUUCUUGACCCCAGCAACCCUUCUAUUAGCAAACAAACCAUGCUUGACUGGUUACGUAUCCAUCACCCAAUGACACCCAUCAAAUCAAAUGCUAACAAGGGAGAGGUUGCUAAGAUAGUUCGAGAGCAACAACCUGAAUAUUUCGAAGAUCCAACCUCAGAUGCACCAGCUGUGAUACCUGGCCCUCUUGAUCACUAUCCUGCUAUUGAAGACCUUUCUGUUAGCUCAUCUGUCACGGUCGAGUCUUUUAAGAAAAGUGAGCAAUUGGGUAAACGUUCGGCGUCACAAGAAUUGGAGCGAUCUUAUCCACAUAAGCGAGUUGGACUUGAGGUGGAAGUAGACCCCAUCGCGCCGGUACGUGGUGGAUCUAAGAACUCCAAGAACAGAAAAAGUUUAAGUCGGCCAAAGGCAUCAAAUACUGGCUCUAGUAAACCGCGCAAGGCAUCUAGUAAACCUUCCCAACCGCCUACCCCCAGCUGGGUUCAUACUAUGUCUGUUGCUUCACCAAACGUUAUGUCCUCAAUCUCCAGCGCAAUUUGCAACAAUGACGAAAAGAACGACCUCGAGGCGCUCAAAGGUAUCGCAUUUGCACCCCUUAUCAAUUCAAAGAGUUCUUCACAAGACCCGACUUCACCAAAUUCGAUUUCACCAAGCAUUGCUUCAGUCCAUCAAGAACAAAAAAAAUUGGCAAACCUAUCUAUCAAUACUGACACUACCAGAGCUUGUUUGAUUUUGGGUCAAUCAGAAUCCCCACAAAAACCUGUCAUGGACAAGAAAAAAUGUAUCGAUGCCUCCGAUGAUGUAGACCUCAUCCAGUUUUCCGACACAGAGUUACUUGAUACAGGCAACCCAGUUAUUGGUCGAGAUAUCCCAGCUAUCAACAUUCAGGAUUCUCCCUCGACCAAGAAAACUGGUGUUGAUAUCUUCCAAGAGGAGCAACAACAGGAAGAAAAAGUCCUGAUCAAACUUCCGAGUUUAGUUCGAACCUUGGAGGAACGAUUAGCUCGUGUUGAAAGUGCACUCGAGGUCAUGGAGAAAAAGAGCAAUACAAAUAUGUUCCAAAAUCUCCAAAAAGAACAAGCAAAAGCUGGCGAAAUUGCGCUUCUUUCAUCUAAAUUAGAACAAGCCAUGAAGGAGAUUACAAUACUUAAGUCUAAAGUCCGGGAUAUAGAUGUUGAUGUUAUUGAUCAACAAGCCGACUUAGAUGGAGCUCACACAAAAAUUAAUGCGCACGCAAGGGUUCUCAGACAAUUAUUAGGACCUGGAAAUGAUGAUCUGGAGCCUCACUACUCUUAUGAUUCUAGUGAUGAACAAGAUCCCCCUAAUGUCUUUUCAUGUAACAAUGACAGCUUAUCUGAUUGA